UGAAUAACUAACUCGGUCAUCUGCUUGUGUAUUUUAUUACACGUCUGCGUACGACCGAUGUGGAAUAAUUCCUCACAAAGUGUUUCCAACCUCAAACUGUGGAAGUAUACUGUGAGCAGUAACAAUAAUACAAAAAAUUUUCUGAAAAAUGAAUAAGUACAUAAAUCUUGCUACUGUAACGAGUAAUUACGCGAAGCGUAUGAACAGAUUGAGCAAUCGGAUAUUUGGCGAGGUGGCCAGACCUACGACGAAAAAGUCAAUGAGAGUCGUCGAGUUGUUUAGCGCCAUGCCUGUCAACAAGAAUCCAGAGAUUGUUGAGUACUACCCACGACUCAGAGAAUCACACGUGUUAAUGAAACACCUGCGAUGGUAUGGCCUCUUCAGAGAUGAGCAUCAAGACUUUAAAGAGGAGUACCAGAGACUGAGAGUGCUUAGAGGCAAGCCUGUAUGGAAGAAGGGAGAGAAGAAAAAGGAAACUGUGAAAGUGCUGGUCUAGACAGUAUAUUUUUUAUUAUAAUUUGUUUUUAAAUAAAAAUCAUCGUUUUCGUAACUGAUGUGAUAGCUCUUGUUUAAAAUAAAACAAAACAGAUACCAAGUUA